AUGGAGCGGGCGACAGCGAUGUUCACCUGCUGGGGAGCCGCGCUGGGAGCCGCCGUCUCCGUCCCCGUUCUCCUUCUCGUGGCAGCGCCCUACAUCAGGAGGUAUGUCGCUGGAGGACAGUGCAAGUCCACAGCAAAGCUGGAGGGGAAAGUUGUGAUAAUCACAGGAGCCAACACGGGCAUCGGGAAGGAGACAGCCAGAGACCUUGCACGAAGAGGUGCUAGGGUGAUCAUCGCUUGCAGGGACAUAGUGAAGGCAGAGGCUGCAGCCAGUGAAAUACGAGCUGACACAGGGAACCAGCAAGUCAUUGUGAAAAAACUGGAUUUGGCUGAUACAAAGUCCAUCCGAGAGUUUGCUGCGAAAUUUCUAGCAGAGGAGAAGGAACUCCAUAUUCUCAUUAAUAAUGCUGGGGUAAUGUUAUGCCCUUACUCCAAGACUGCUGAUGGCUUUGAGAUGCAUCUGGGAGUCAAUCAUCUUGGUCAUUUUCUCUUGACCUUCCUGUUGCUGGAGCGUCUGAAGCAGUCUGCCCCCGCUCGAAUCGUGAACGUGUCCUCGCUGGCGCACCACGGGGGCCGCAUCCGCUUCCAUGAUCUCCAUGGUGAGAAGAGCUACCAUCGUGGCCUCGCCUACUGUCACAGCAAACUGGCUAACGUGCUCUUCACCCGCGAGCUGGCGCGGCGGCUGCAAGGCACUAAAGUCACAGCAAAUGCUCUCCAUCCUGGUUCUGUCUAUUCCGAGCUGGUCCGGCACUCAUUUGUAAUGACGUGGAUGUGGAAGAUAUUCUCAUUCUUCUUGAAGACACCUUUGGAAGGAGCUCAGACCAGUAUCUACUGUGCAGUAGCAGAGGAGCUGGACUCUGUGACAGGACAGUAUUUCAGUGACUGCCAGCCAGCGUAUGUAUCGCCACGGGGCCGGGAUGAUGAGACAGCAAAGAAGCUCUGGAGCGUGAGCUGUGAGCUCCUCCACAUCCAGUGGGACUGA